GGCGGCGGAGAGCGGGUCCACAGCCACAUAUCUGACUUUAGUAGCACUCCUUUCUACACCCUUUGCCCCUCACCCAGGAAAAAAGAGUAAUUCUCGGUCGUUCUACAUCUCCGUCAGCAGCUUUUAUAGAGGAUUGUGGUGGAAGGAGUCAGCAGAGAAAGAGAGCCCCGAACUCUUAAGGGUCUGAUAUAAGCCUGUCUCUGAAGGACUGGAAAGGAACAAAGAUCAUAAUGACUACUUUGGAUGAUAAACUGCUUGGUGAGAAGCUCCAGUACUAUUACAGCAGUAGCGAGGGUGAGGAUGAAGACAGUGAGAAAGAGGAUAAAGAAGGGGAGAGCACCAUUCCUGAAAGCGUUGGGGAAGUAGAGCUUAGCAGCGAUGGCAGUGCAGUCAACACAGGUCCCAAAGGAGUCAUUAAUGACUGGAGAAGAUUUAAACAACUGGAAACAGAACAGCGGCAGGAGCAGCGCAGAGAAAUGGAACGACUCAUAAAAAAGUUAUCUAUGACGUGUAGAUCUCACUUAGAUGAAGAGACCGAUAAGCAGAAGCAGAAAGAGCUUCAGGAAAAAAUCAAUGGAAAGAUGUCGUUACAAGAAUAUAACAUGAUUCACAACGAUGAAGAUGAUGAGGAAUUUUUACAGCGAUACAGGAAGCAGCGAAUGGAGGAGAUGAGACAGCAGUUGUACAGCGGGCAGCAAUUUAAACAGGUUUUUGAGAUUACGAGUGGAGAAGCGUUUUUGGACACAGUUGAUAAAGAGCAUAAGAGCACACUGAUCAUGAUCCAUAUUUAUGAAGAUGAUAUCCCUGGCACCGAAUCGCUGAACGGCUGUAUGAUCUGCCUGGCUGCUGAAUAUCCAACAGUUAAAUUUUGCAGAGUAAAGAGUUCGCUCAUUGGUGCUAGCACUCGCUUUACUAAUAAUGCUCUGCCAGCUUUGCUGAUCUAUAAGGCAGGUGAGCUCAUCGGCAAUUUUGUGCGAAUCACUGACCAGCUUGGAGAAGAUUUCUUUGCUGUAGACCUGGAGGCUUUUCUGCAGGAAUGUGGUUUGCUUCCAGAAAAAGACCUAGUGCUCCUGACUUCUAUACAUAAUCCAUCUGCAUGUUACAGUGAAGACAGCGAUCUGGAAAUAGACUGAACCACUUCUGCCCAGGGGCCAGUAGGUGUAGUUGUACAGUGUUCUUAUGCUAGGGUUUGUUCCCCUUCUUCCUUAGUGUGGGUAUGUAUUCUUCCCCUUCAUGCACUUUGACUUUUGCUCGUUAAAAACUUGUUAAGAUAAGGAAUUCCUAACGUUUUCUUAAAUUAAUUCAAUAAAAUACACACUGAAACAAUCUUGCUUUUAUGCAAUUCACAUGUAUUUAACUAAACAUGAAGUUCUAACACAAUUCAGUAAGUUUAGGAAAUUGUGAAUUGUCAUCUCUGUUCUCCAAAUCACUUAGAUUAUGUUUUUUUAACCAUUUUGUUCUCAGAUCAGCUGUGUGUGGUCAAUCUCCUUACAGCUUUCCUGAAAUGGUGUAUGUGAAUACCAGUUGGCUCAAGGUGUGGGCACCUACUCGCUAAGACAAGAGUUGAGACUGCAAAUAAAGAAGUUUUUAAGCGUUCAGGUCUCUUCUUAACCUGGAGCUGAACUGCUGUCAGUUAUCAGUGCAGGGUCCCAUCUUCCGUUCCCCAGUUUGCAGUCUCCUUCCUGGAAGUACCUUCUUGUUCUAACUCUUGGCAUUAGAGUUUUGUUCUUUUCCCACUCACAAAUAACAGCAGCCCCUGACUUCAUCCUGAAAAUCACACUUCAGAUGGAGAGGGUUCUUCUUUCUUUAACCUUGCCUGAGACUUAAAUGAGAAAAUCUUCCUUCAGUUACAGCUCUUAAUAACAUUCUUGGGUUUUAGAACACCCACCCUUAGAGUAUGUAGUAGUGACUUAAUCAGACAAUUAUCUCUGCCUCUUCAGAAGGAUAUAAAGAGCUCCCAUGUGUGCUGAAUAGCAUCACGGAGAAUUUUGUUGGCAAAAUGUGGUAUUAGGACUUGGAAUAACCUCAGAAUUUCAUCUCUCUCUCAAAAUACUAAAUCAGUGCUAAAGUUCAUUUCUGUCUGCCUUCGUAUUAUCUGCCUCAGCCAGGUCAUCAGGUAUGCUUUGAAUAUUAAUAACCCCUGGCCCUGACAGAUGAUGGGAUGGCUUUGUGGGAAAGCAGCCUUGAGCCAGGAGACCAGGUCACCAAUACAGGUGUUCAGUAGCAGGCCUGUCUUUUCACAGCUGAUUCCCUUCUCUGAAGCUCAGUGUCCAGUUUCUGCACAGAGUGUUCAGCAGGAUCAGAAACGUUGCCACUGGCCUGGCUUUCCUCUGCCAGCAGCUCUCUGGGAGCAUGUUUUUUGUACCAUGCGUCAGUGGAGGUCACUAACAAAGGAACCUUGUGGGGUGGGGGUGGAACCUUUGUGGAGACCGCAAUUUCUCCCUCUGUAAGAAAUAACAAAGGCCGCCUCAAAAGCAUCACUGCAGCUGUUUCAGUUGCCCAGUGACACUGAUCUUAAAGUUCUCACCUUCCCCAAAACCCCAGGGUGACUCCCGCUUCUAGACACAGAAUAAAAGCCAUCCCGCACUGGCUGAGCCCAUUUGUGUCUCUGUGAACAUUACUGCUACUGAAUGCAGAGGCUGCAUAUUGCACUCCCCUCCUGCACCACCUUUGUCAUCACCGUUUGCCAGUGAUCACGUUUUCAUUAAGGUGUCUAUUUAUUUUGAUUGUCUCUGCUUCCUUCAUAAAUCAGAUCAUAAUACGGGGAAGUAAUUAUCAGGGUUUCUAUCACAUUGAAGUUCACCCAGCCUCCCGCAAGCCUGGUGCUUGUAGCCGUGCGGUUACCUGGGUAGCGUGAGAAGCCGUUAGCGAUUUCUAGCGACUGCAAGCACGAAAACCUCGGACGACGCCGAGCGAGGUGAAGGCUUCGCUGGGCAGAUCAUGGUGUGGCCGAAUUGCUCCGACAGCGUACCUAGCGCAGCGAGCGCUUUGCGUGUCGUGCUCUGUAUUUACUUACUACUGAAUCAUCUUGCACGCACUUAAUUUGAUAUUACAACAUGUUUGCUUUCUCAUGCAUUGCUUAUUUUGCUGGUUGUUUUUUAAUUUUGAGGGAAGUAGACUAUCAUUACCGAAAUAUAUGACCCAACGUAAUGCCAUGUUUAAUGAUUAAAUUUAAUUGUAAGUUUUAUGUCAGGCACUUUGGAACACCAGGAAGAAAUGCAAAUGUCUCUGUGUAAGUGCUAGGUUCUUAAUAAGAAUGGAUUUUAGGAUAGAAAAAGAAUAAUUUGUAAUCGUAUCUAUUCAAACUGUGCUUUAAAAAGUAUAAGCAGAAAAAUAAAUAAUUUCUAAUUAAAAAUUACUGAAUUGGCACAAACUGUCGUUUUAGGGAAACUGGCAGAAAUCCAGAUUUUAAAGUGUGGUAAGAGAUUAUUUCUUUUCAUCUCAGAAUUGCAGAAAAAAACCCAUGGAAGUUUUGUGAAAUUAAAUCAUUGAGCAUGGAUAUCAGCACUUUUAAGGGAAAAAAAAAUCAAAGCAGCUGUCAUUUAUAGUCAGGAUGAAAUUCCGGGAAGUCUGUUGUGCAGACAGGGUGCGUAUUAGCAUCGUAAUAAAACCUGGCUUGGAGAGGGGGUCGGGGUGAGCUGACUGCUUGAGUUGCUUUGAAGUUUUAUUUUUAUAAAGUGCUUUUUCUUUUUUUGCGCCCCUACGGCAGCAAAACUGUAACAGGAUCAAACCCUCUCCUGCUGCUCUCUGUCGGACGGCCUGCAGCAAGGUGACUCCUGGUGAUUAAUCUCCAGUGCUCAGCUAGAUGAUAGAUAGUUUACAGUGCCAAUAGCAAAAAGGAAAAGGAAAAAGGUCUGAAUCCAAUUAAUCACCGAUCUGGAAAAAUAGAAGCAGCACAAGGGAGAGAGGGGUAGAGAGCAGAUGAGCUACAUAUAAUGCUGCUGCUUGUUCUCGGCACAGACAGCCCAAACGUGAGAAGGAAGGGGAGGCUGGCGGUGGUGGGCACUGCUGGUGACGCUUUUGUCCAGUCGUGAAGCUAAAUCCUUCCAAACUGACCAACCGGUAAUUGUGUGCCCAAAAAACCCCGGCAUUCUUAAUAUGCAUUAGACAAUACAACAAAAUAAUUUAGUAAAGGUUAGUUACUAAUUUGUGAGUGUCUGUCCCUUAUCCAUUCCAUACAAAUAAGAAGUACAAUUCAUACCAACGCUGCACGUGUAAAUGUUCUGGUCAAAGUGUUCAAUUCUGUUUAAUUUCUCUUGUGUUAGAUGUGGUCCUGACCUGCAGAUUAAGGAUCAGGUUGUAUUUAUAGACUCAUACGGGGACUAAAGUAAAAAUGAAAUUGCACAAACGCCCACGUAAAAUAAAACUGGUUUCAAACAUUGAACUUGGCAGCGAGAGCGUCAGGUUUUCGGUUUGAUCCGGGUGCCUCUCCUUCCCCCAGAGCCAUUGUACUCCGUCACCGUCAGAACUUACUUAAAUUGGCACAUUCCUACUAAAUGCUUGGGAUUUGAAUAAAAGUAUGCUUUUUAAUUUUGUC